GCAACUGAGCGUCGCUCCUCCGCGGGGAAGAUUAUUCUUUUUUUUAAAUUCUUCUCCUCCUCACCUCGCUUUUUUUUUCAUCGGCAUUGACUUUUGCUUCUUUGACAUAAAUCAUCUGGACAAGGUUUUCUUUCGUGAAAACUCCUCGCUUAAGUAGUAUUUCUCAUCACCAGCGAGUCCUCCGCGGAAGGAUCUGCUUUUUCCCCUUACCUUUUCAAAAUAAAUAUAUCCACGAUGAUGAUGAUGAUGGAAAUGGGACAAGAUCACGUUUGAUUUUGGUGUUUUUCCGCUGUUGUGUCGUUGGAAGCAUCUUCAGAGGAGGCUGUCUGCCAGGAGAAGCUGACGUUUUGGAGCAGCGCUGCGGACAUCGAAGGCGACAUGCUCUCCUCGGAUGAGCCGCUGGACCUGAAGCUUCCCUCCGGAAGGACGCAUUGUCCCCUCAGACUGGGGAAGAGGACGUCAUCCUCCAUCUGCGCACCCCUCAGCGCCACACGCCCUCGUCUUAUCUACACCACUUUCCCGUCCCCGCCGUCUUCCCCAGAUUCCCAGUCCCCCUAUCAUGAGCGACCCGGGUCCUGCUUCACUCCUCCAGCCAUGGACCUCAGCCUGUCCCCUUCGUCUCGACACGCAUCCUCUCUCUCCCCUUCUCCCUCCUCCCCGUCCCUCUCGUCCCCUCCGUCCCCUGUCGAGUCCCCCUACAGCAUCAGCAGACCACACUCCCUCUCACGGGAAGCAGCACAUCAUCAUCAUAGAGGAAUGGAGGGCGACUCGUCACCUCGGCGUUAUCCUUUCUAUCUACCAAUGGCGAGCCCGCCGGCAGGUUACAGCUUUCCUUCCUCUUUACUGAUUGGUCAGAAGAGAGAGAUGCAAGUUUCACCUGAGCCCUCAUUGGACGCUCAGCUCACCUGCCGCUGGAUGAAGUGCCACCUGCUGUUUGAGUCGCUGCAGGACCUGGUGGACCACAUCAACGACUCCCACGUCAAGCCCGAAAAGGAUUCCGGUUAUUGUUGCAAGUGGGAGGGCUGCGCUCGCAAUGGGCGGGGCUUCAACGCCAGGUAUAAAAUGCUGAUUCACAUCCGCACACACACCAACGAGAAACCCCAUCAUUGUCCCACCUGUAACAAGAGUUUCUCCCGCCUAGAGAACCUGAAGAUCCACACCCGCUCGCACACAGGUGAGAAACCAUACGUCUGUCCGUACGAGGGCUGCAGCAAGCGAUACUCCAACUCCAGUGACCGCUUCAAGCACACCCGCACACAUUACGUGGACAAGCCGUACUGCUGCAAGAUGGCGGGUUGCCUGAAGCGUUACACCGAUCCCAGCUCGCUACGCAAGCACAUCAAAGCCCACGGGCACUUUGUGAGCCAAGAGCAGAGCGCCCCCAGCAGGCCGGGGCUGGGUGCUCGUCACGGUGGUCAGUGUGCAGUGGAUCCUCCCUCCGCAGGGAGAGGGCAGGUCAUCCUUCCUGGGACAUCGGCAGCAGCCCUCCUGGGGGGUCUGGGGACAUCGCUGCCUCUGUCGGUACUGUGCCACCCUCACGCUCCGCUCUUCUCCGUGGGGGGAAGGGGCGCCAUGGGCCCGCUCGGACUCGCCGACUCGCCUCUUUUCCACUUCGGACUUACGGCGGCGUCCAUGUUGGGGUUGGGCGCUCUGGGAAGGGUGGGGCGCACCGGAGGCCGGGGGGCAAACGGCGAGGCAGAUGAGGCCGAGGCCGACAGGGAGAGGGAGAGGGAGAGGGAGGGGAAGGUUCUGAACCUCUCUGCGGGGGUGGGGCCAGGACCGAGGGAUUCCCUGUCCUGGGUGGUCGUCCCCCCUAGAGCGCUCCUGCUUAAACCAACCGUGGUCAGCUAGAGUGGGUCCCCGAAGGUGCUCUUAAGUGGCAUUUCUACAUUAUAUUUAAUGUUCAACCCAGGCAUAAUUCCAAGUCAAAAUAAGUAACUCAAAAUCAGUCAUUGAACUGCCCAAAAAGGGUUCACUUUUUACAAUUUGUAACAUUUUGAUAUAAAGUGUGACCGAUCCUGAAGCCAUACAAGGUGACCACUGAAUGAGUCAUGAAUGAAAUGUUUGUUUAGGACGUCUGCAUCCAUUAGGGGUCAAAAGGCGCUACAAACAAAACAAGCCGGUCAGUUUUUAAUGUUAAAAGUUGCACUUUAUCCCAUUAGAAACAAAAAAAUGUUUCCUUUAUUUUGUCUCCUAUGUACAUUCACCACGUUAUAUGUGUUGCAGCGGACAAUCUAUCAGUUUGACAAACCCCACUGAUGCUUUCGCUCACCUAUAUUCACUUUUUUAUGAUCCAUAAAUGGGAGGAAAAGCACAGUGGGGGGCUACAAGGAAAUACGACAUCAUAAUUUAACGUAUCAUAUGAAGGACUAAACUGUUAGUGGACUAUUAGGCUCUACUUAGUGUGUAUCUAUCAAGAACAGCAAGUACAGUGUAAAAACGUUGCUUUAAAUGGAUUGUUUUGGAUAUGGCAACAAAUGGACAAAAGUAUUGGCACACACCUGGUUGGUGUCAUCAGGACAUUUUUGUACGCUCAGGUGGGUUUGGUGUGGAAGAACUUCACCUCUAGAUAAUCAAAACACUUUUGACAUCAGUGACCUCGAAAAUAUUCACCGACAAGCCCAAAUUUUGUGGAAGCUCCAUAUUUCCCCACCCCCAAUGUUUUCUUCCUGCCAGGUGUCCCAAUACAUUUGUCCAUACAGUGGAUUAUGGGAGUUUAAAGGUCCCCUAUUAUGCAAAAUUGACUUUAUGACAUUAAAUCAGGAUCAGGAUGCUUUAUUAUUGUCCAUUAUUUAACAAGUCCAAGACAUAUAAGAACUGAAAUUGAAUUAACAUAACAUAAUUAACUGAAAUAACAUACGUUACAGGGUGACAAGAACAGGACCGCAAACGGAUCAGCCACUUACGGCGCUCCUUAAAAAAGGUGGGAAAAAGGUGAUAUUGGGAAAGGGGGGAAGAGUAAAAAAUAUCAGUCAAAGGCUGGACCCUCGGGAGGGGGUCCAGACUGAGUCCAAGGGAAAAAAACUCAUUUGCCAUAGCACACAAACCUGUUACAUAUCAUCACAACAACUCGCAACAGGGGGGGGGGGGGGGGG